GGAAAAGUAAACCAUCGCAGAUUAACACCGGUUCCUCAAGAAUUUAGAGCAACAGAUCCCAGAUAUAACAUUGGGUUUGGAAACAACAAGUAUAACUUUGGCAAUGGUGUUUGGAGAGAAUACCUGUAGAAUGAGUCAGGAGUGGCAUGGCAGAGGGUCCUGGAGAAGGGGGGGAGGAGGAGGAGCUAGAAGCUGGAGGGGAAGGGGUGCUGUUGGGCUGGGUGGGGGGUGGAGGGGUGGUAGAGGUGGAGGUUCAGGCUGGAGGGGAAAUGGAAGUGGGAGAGGAAGACCCUGGAAGGGAGGAGGAGAUGGACAGAGAGGCUGCAGAGUCGAUGGGGUAGGAUUUGGAACAUCAAGUGGACGCCCUCAACUAAUCCAGACAACGCUGGACCAUCUUUGUCUUUACAAAGGAUGGAGACUUUAUUUUUCAGAAGCAUACAGUGAGAGCUCUCCAUUUGUGCAGAAGAUCCAGGCAUUUGAAUUGUUUUUUACAAAACGUAUUGAACUGUAUGACAAGGAUGAAAUUGAAAGAAAAGGCAGUGUCCUUGUGGAUUACAAAGACCUUUUGCAGGAUGAAGGGCUGUCUAAGUCAAUACCCAAUUUAGCAUCAGAACUACGAGAUAUGCCAGAAAAAAUAUUAGACUGUAUGGGAUUGGCAAUACAUCAGGUUUUAACCAAAGAUCUAGAGAGACAUGUGGCAGAGCUUCAGGAGCAGGAAGGACUUGCAAGUGAAGAACCGCCGAUAGUCAAUGUGCCUUGUAUCCAUGCCAGAGUUUACAAUUACAACCCAUUGACUCCACUAAAGAAUCUACGUGCAAACUUCUAUGGGAAAUAUGUUGCUCUACGAGGAACAGUGGUCCGUGUCAGUAACAUUAAACCACUGUGCACCAAAAUGGCAUUCAGCUGCAACAUGUGUGGAGAGAUCCAGAGUCUUCCUCUUGCUGAUGGUAAAUUUACAACACCAACAAAAUGCUUGCAGCCUGAAUGUCGGGGUCGGUCAUUUCUGCCAAACAGAAGCUCCCCUUUAACAGUUACUGUGGACUGGCAGUCCAUCAAGGUUCAGGAGCUAAUGUCAGAUGACCAAAGGGAAGCAGGGAGAAUUCCUCGGACUAUUGAGUGUGAACUUGCCCAAGAUCUGGUAGAUAGCAGCGUCCCAGGAGACAUGGUCACCAUCACAGGAAUAGUAAAAGUGUCCAGCAGUGAAGAAGGAAGUGGAAGAAACAAAAAUGACAAAUGUAUGUUUCUGUUGUACAUUGAAGCAAACUCAAUCAGUAACUCUAAAGGACAGAAAGUAAAACAUUCUGAAGAAUCUGACAGCCAGGGGGCCUCGAUGGAGUUUUCUCUAAAAGACCUUUAUGCAAUUCAAGAGAUUCAGGCAGAAGAAAACCUCCUUAAAUUAAUUGUCAACUCCCUUUGUCCAGCAAUCUAUGGCCAUACACUCGUAAAAGCAGGUUUAGCACUGGCCUUGUUUGGGGGCUGUCAGAAGUACAUUGAUGAUAAAAAUAGGAUUCCUGUAAGAGGAGACCCCCAUAUGUUGGUUGUUGGAGAUCCAGGACUGGGUAAAAGUCAGAUGUUACAGGCAGUGUGUAAUAUUGCUCCACGUGGUGUGUAUGUGUGUGGAAACACUACAACUACCUCAGGAUUGACCGUGACUUUAUCCCGGGACAGUGGAUCAGGCGAUUUUGCUUUGGAAGCUGGAGCCCUGGUACUUGGAGAUCAAGGAAUUUGCUGCAUAGAUGAAUUUGAUAAGAUGGGUAACCAGCAUCAAGCUCUUCUGGAGGCCAUGGAGCAGCAGAGUAUCAGUCUUGCUAAAGCAGGGAUUGUCUGCAGUUUACCAGCCAGGACUUCUGUUAUUGCUGCCGCAAAUCCUGUGGGAGGCCACUACAACAAAGCCAAAACUGUAUCGGAGAACUUAAAGAUGGGGAGUGCCUUGCUGUCCAGAUUUGACUUGGUGUUUAUUUUGCUGGAUACCCCAAAUGAAGCUCAUGAUCACAUGCUUUCUGAACAUGUGAUGGCGAUGCGUUCAGGGAGGCAGGGGGAGGUCGCCAGUGCUACUGUCAACAGGGGAAGCGAUCCCAACACUUCGAUUCUGGAGGUUUUCUCAGAUAAACCUUUGUUAGAGAGGUUAAAGGUCCUCCCUGGAGAAAACUGUGAUCCUAUUCCUCACCAGUUGUUAAGAAAAUAUGUAGGGUAUGCUCGUCAUUACGUUCGCCCCAGAUUAUCUGAUGAGGCAGCUCAAGUGUUGCAGGAAUUUUAUCUUGAGCUGAGAAAGCAGAACCUUGGAGCAGACAGCACUCCUAUUACUACACGACAGUUAGAGUCACUCAUCCGACUCACAGAGGCAAGAGCAAGACUGGAACUCAGAGAGAAAUGUACAAAAACAGAUGCAGAAGAUGUUGUGGAGAUAAUGAAACACAGCUUAUUGGAUACCUAUUCUGAUGAAUUUGGAAAGCUGGACUUUGAUCGUUCGCAGCUAGGUUCGGGCAUGAGCAACAGGUCACAUGCAAAAAAGUUUAUUGCAGUGCUCAAUAGAAUAACAGAGCGGACCUAUAACAACAUGUUUGAUUUUAAACAGCUGCGCCAAAUCGCCAGAGAGCUACAGAUACAGGUUGCUGAUUUUGAAGGCUUCAUCAGCUCCUUGAAUGACCAAGGCUACUUGCUGAAAAAAGGGGCAAAGGUUUACCAGCUUCAAACCAUGUGAAGGGACAGAAAAACAAGAACUACACUUCAGUCUCCAUAGGCAAAAACAAAAUGGACUGAUGAUACUUUGUGUCUGAGCUUUCCUAACUACUACAACUUUUAGCAAUUAUUAUCUAAUCAGUAAUAAUUAAAAAUUAAAGACUGGUGUCUAUUCAAUCAAACAAAGGCAGAUUGAAUCGCUGCCACUGUUUAGUAAAUUAAAUAUUGACACGUGUGCUAUGGUUAUGAAAUUCAAACAGCUAUGUAAAAGUGAUGUAUGGGUCUCUAGCAUAUUUCUGUAUGAUUGAAGUAUGAUUUUUUGAUGAUUUAAAUUAUAACACUAUCCUGCCAUCAUUUAGAUCAAUUGAAUGGACCCCAUACUACAUUUUAACAUGUUAAGACCCCAAAUCCCUUUCCAUGCUACCCUUAAAUGGGGGUUAUUAGUUACUUUGUUAAGCUACUUAAAUUAACAACACUGGAGUUUAAUUAAUUUAAAAAUGACUACCCCUGAUCUAGAAAUUACAUGGUAUACAUGAACUGUAAACAUUUCAAAACUUACACACCCAAUUUGUUGCUAGAUGCCUGUUCAUAAAAGUAUAACAAUAAAAAGUAAUACAUUUUAAUGACAAUAUUUACUGUAAAUGUGGUAAAUAUUAUUAACUGUUUGUCAGUAAUAUACAAGCAGUUUCUGUAUAUCCUAUUGCAAAAAAAUAAACAUUAUAUAUGUUAGAUUUAAUUUUAAAAUUUAAAUUAAGUUUUUGUUUUUGGUGGGAAAAAAUGAAACUAAUACAAAUUUGUGUUUUAAUAAAAAACAAUCCUGAUGCAUUCAAAAA